AUGCCUGAUCUCGACUCCCCAUUGCCGCCCAAGGGCCGCAAGCGCAAGGUCACCUGGGUGUUGAUACUCUCCUAUGUGACGGAUUGGAUCGUUCUGAUCGCUUUCGGCGUCGUGGGGACGGUUUUGGGCACCAUCACCCCGAACAAACGUCAUUUUGCCCUGGAUGACCCCAACAUAUCUUUCCCCUUCACGGAGAAUGAGACUGUCACUUCGGUGACGCUGCUGAUAUGUAACGCCGUGAUCCCAAUCGUGGUCAUCUUCUUCGUCGUCUUGGUGUUUGUCCCUGGACCCACCGUCCCAAAGGGCACCCCUCGAUCAUUAAUCUGGAAACGGAAACUUUGGGAACUCCACACAGGAUGGCUCGGACUCGCGAUGGCCCUGUUGGGAGCGUGGUUCAUCACAAGCAGCAUGAAGAACUUAUUCGGCAAACCGCGACCUGAUCUAAUCAGCAGAUGCAACCCCGACUACGCACACGAACAGGACUACUACGUGGUUCCUAACAGUAGGGCUCGGCUCGUAUCAGCGGACAUUUGCUUGAACAAGGACAAGCACAUUAUGGACGACGGGUUUCGCAGUUAUCCUUCAGGUCACUCGUCCUCGGCUGCCGCGGGUCUCAUCUACCUUUCAUUCUUCCUCGCCAGCAAAUUCGCAGUGGUCAUCCCUUUCGCAAGCGGCGGCAGCGCCAAGGAUUCGGACUCGGGGUCCGCCGCGUUUCCAUCCCGAAGCACUGGCGCCAGCGGCAUCAACGGCUCCUAUAAGCCUAUGUCACAUGCCACAGACGAGCUAGCAGCCCCAGAAGACCCGGCCAUCGCAAGACAGAUAGCCACACAUAGCUCUUCGGUGGCUUCUGUCAGGAGACAGGCGGCAGCACCUCCGGUUUACCUACUUGGUCUCACUCUCUUGCCGUUCUUUCUAGCCAUCUUCAUCGCUGGUUCCCGGUGGUCCGAUUUCAGGCAUCAUGGUUUCGAUAUUCUAUUUGGAUUCAUUAUUGGGAUAGUCACAGCCUGGUUCGCUUUCCGCUAUUACCACUUACCGGUUUCCAGUGGUGCAGGCUGGGCCUGGGCACCUCGAAGUCCCGACAAGGCCUUCUGGGCUGGAGUUGGAGUGUACAGCUACGCAACGGAUAAGAAACAUUUCAUUCGUCCAGGUGACGAGGAGGAGGGCCUCGCCGGCCCCCAACCCAACGACAUCGAGAUGCACGGCAUGCGCUACAGGCAAAAGACCGAAGAUCAUUUUGAUCGCGCGGAGAGCUCAAGGGCCAAUAUCCGGAAUACGGAUCAUCUCGAAGUGAGGGACGACCACAGUGCGCGCGAUGAUCGUAGUGUGUCAUCGCAUGAUGGCAGGAUUUAG